UGAAGUUGAAGACAUUUUGACUUCACAACUGACUUCAAACAUGGCGAGAAUAUUUUCAUGAGCUAUUCGAACAAUUCGGAGCGUCAUGGCCCUACUCAAUUUCACUCUCAGUGAGGAAGGUGUUUCUGCCUUUCGCGAUGCCCUCAUUUGUCUGAACAAGUUCAGUGACGACGUUUCACUCGAGGCCCGCAAGGAUUCAUUCAUUCUCACUACUCUCAAUACCUCAAAAUCUGCUUAUGCAAGUGUCAGAUUUGCGACGACCAAGUUCUUCUCCCGUUACCAGUACCAAGGAAGUCGCCAGUUCCGUGACCGUUUCUACUGUACGCUCUACAUCCGAGCUCUAAUCUCCCUAUUUCGAAGCCGUACGGCGCCUGACUCACAAAGAGAUGCAGAGAAGCAAACACUCAUUGACAGAUGUGAUGUUGCAAUUGAAGAUGGAGAGGGAGUUCAAAGUCGAUUCAUCGCACGCCUUAUCUUCCGAAAUGGACUGACAUCUACGCACCGUCUCCCAUUCGAGGCCUCCGUCCCAAUCCACGCCAAGUUCAGCAAACAAGAUGCCCCCCACCACUGGACAAUCUCUUCACGCACAUUGCGGCAGCUCAUGGAUCACUUUGGCCCUGGUAUCGAGUUCCUCGAUAUCAACACUGAUGGAGAUCAUGUCAAUUUUACUUGUUUCAGUGAGAAGACUGUGAGCGAGGAUGCGGUCUUGAAGAAGCCACUCCAAACCUCAAUCGCUGUCGAAGCGGAUGAAUUCGACGAGAUUGAUGUGGAAGACAAACUUCACAUUGUGAUAUCCGUCAAAGAUUUCCGCGCUAUCAUUCAACAUGCUGGCAUCACAGGCAACGAUGUGUCAGCCCGAUACUCAAUUCCUACACAACCCAUCCAGCUUUCCUAUACUGGCGAUGCCAUGUCAUGCGAAUUUCUCGUCAUGACUGUUGGCGAGCGCGGGACCAACACUGGCCAGAGGACUAAGAAAGGACGCAAGAAUGCAACUCAGAAUACCGGUCCGCGUCUCGAAGCCACAUCACGGCGGCCGAGCAUGGCUCCUCCAGAGUCACAACCAGCGCCAGCGCCCGCGCCUCCCCCCCCAUCCUUGCCUCAGCAUAAUCCAACACCACAGAUGAGCGCUGCUAGAGCCAGCGCCUCGCGCGUAGGGGCGUUUGACCUUCGACCCUCGCAGAGACCGGCACCACCUGCGACCAACAGAUCUGAGAGUCUAUUCGUUGAGGACGAAGGUUGGGAACCUAUCAACUACGAGGAUGAAGAGCUUGCGGAAGACAAUGCUAAGCUGGGAUGGGAUCAUAGCAUUGAUCCUAACGCUCCUGAUAUGGACACGAGCCGUUUCUUGGAGAAUCUUGCUCCCGUUGAACCCCAGCCCGAAAUUUCCCAUCCACCACCAACAGAUGCUGAAUCAACAUACAUUGAACCAACACAAAAGUUGACAGAGGUCGAAAGUCUGGCCCUGUUCCCCGACUAAGGACAAGAAAAUGGGAUGAAGGACUAAAGAUGUGGCAUCUAGGCGAGUAUAUUCACUCAGCUGUAAUGAAUACCCAACUGGUGGCACACCCUGCCCCGACUUCCCCUAUCUUGGAGCCCGGGGGGAUGAAUUUAGAUGAAGCAAUGACAUUCCAUCGGCCUUUGACAUCGUUAUUCUCAACCUGAGGUCCACAGUUGCCAUGUUCGCCCCAUCCCCAUGAUAGAACAUCGCCUGCGGUAGAGAGAGCAACAACAUGUUCGCUGCCGAUUGCAAUGUUGCUCAGCUCGGGGAGAUUCGGUGGAGGUAGUUGUCCAUGAUCAUCUCGUCCCCAAGCUUGUAGAGAACCAUCCUUCCCCAGGACAUAUAUAUUUCCCCAACUUGCGCCUACGUCCAUCCACCCAGCACAUGUCUCGGGUACACCUGAUUGAAUAUUCCAUUUAUCUGAACCUAGAACCUUGAUGUUUCCACUUUGUGGGUCGCCGAAUAGACAUGUGAAUUCUCUGCCACAGACAGCUCUCGCGACCUUGAAGUCGAUGCCCUCG